CACUCGCCCAUUCCCUCCGGUUGAUCCAAAAAUCCGUCUCUUCUUGUGUGGCUGGGACGCAGAAGAGAACAACCGCCCUUCAAGCGCUCUCUCAACAUUCCAUCGUCCUCAAAGCAACUUACCGCACUGUCCACCGAAAAAGAUCAGCGUUGAACUCGUUCUUUAUUCUACAAGCUCACCCACUUCGCCUCAAUCGAUAAUCACUCCCGCUACAUAGCGAGCGAUCUACGUACUUUCUGGUUUCUCCGCCUCGCUUCAAAUAGACCCAUUCUCGAAGAGACUCACUUCGACCAGUACAUAACUUCACCAUGUUGUCCGCACGCAUAUCAUCCGCACUUCUCCGCACGACUGCUCGUCUUCCAUCCGCCGCACCUCGUCUCGCCCUCGCAACACCACAACAACCCUUUCGCCGCUCAUACCACGAAAAAGUAAUCGAGCACUACGAACGUCCCCGCAACGUCGGAUCCCUCCCCAAGGGCAACCCAAAUGUCGGAACAGGGCUUGUUGGAGCACCUGCAUGUGGAGAUGUAAUGAAGCUUCAGAUUUUGGUGGAUGAGGCGACGGGAGAGAUUAGGGAGGUGAAAUUCAAGACUUUUGGAUGCGGGUCUGCGAUUGCGAGCAGUUCGCUUGCGACGGAGAAGAUUAAGGGUCUGAAGGUGUGGGAUGCGGCAAAGAUCAAGAAUACUGAGAUCGCGAGGGAGUUGUCGCUGCCACCCGUCAAGCUGCAUUGCUCAAUGCUUGCUGAAGAUGCGAUCAAGUCGGCCGUGAAGGACUGGGAGACCAAGCGUGCCGCCAGGGGUCUCAAGCCAUUAGCUCAAUGAGCGUGCAACCUGUUGAAUAUGGAUAAGGACACUUCCAAACGUAAAGUGUGGAAGUUCCCGGUUAGGGGCCACGAUCGACGGUUACGCAUGGGCAACCGGUAAACUCUCCCCGCCACCCCUCUCGUUGCGCGAACAUGUCUCGAUACCCACCCCACGGCAAGCUGGCUGCGAGUCAGUGAAAAGGGAGUGGAUCUUUACCUAGCUACGCUGCCUUUCUUCCCGCAAACUGUCAUGUUUGAAUAUCCCACAAUUUUGUGUAUCUAAAUACGUCAUCCGAGUUCAGUCGUUUAGUUUUAAGGUUUCGCGUAAAAACACGCUGAGGCCCGCAUACCAAAAUGUUUGGAGGGCAUUGCUGACC